CCUGCCCCGGACACACAGCUGGUGACAGGGUUGGGAUCUGAGUUUGGAUUGUUCUACGCGGACCCGAGCCCCAGCCUUAACUCGCUGCGGUAGCCCACAACCCAGAAUCAGCGCAAAACUGCCUAAACAAGCACAUUUCCCUCCAAAGUCACGAUAUCCAUGAGUGACGCCAAGAAAUCUGCAUUUUAACAGGUGCCCCAGUGAUUCUCACGUCUACAGACCAGACUGAGCUCAGCCCUGAACCUUCCGGCUCCAGCGCAGCUACUCGGCCCAGGCCUGGGUCCACCAGCCGCCCACGAGCCUCCUAAGGCUGGCAGACGACGCAGGGGGGAGCCGAACCCUGGACUCAGACAACUCCGGCCUCUUUCGGAAAGUCCACGCGCCGGGCCGCCGUGGGGCCGCUGCGCCCCCUAGCGGCCAACGGGGUCUAUGGCUCGGAGGGUCCAGGGUUUCUAGCCGGGACCCUGCGUGCCCGGAACGGGAGAGACCGGCGUGGCCCCACUGCCAGCUAGGAGCUUGAAGGUCUUUGGCCCGACGGGGAAGCUCGCCUGUGCCCGGGGUCCAGGCGUAGGGAGACACCACCCAUGCCCGUCUCCCAGAGAACCGCACCAGACCACCUGCCCUGGAACCAUGGUCCACGCCUUCCUCAUUCACACCUUGAGGGCCCCGCAUGCUGAGGACACGGGCCUUUGCCGAGUGCUCUACUCCUGUGUCUUUGGUUCUGAGAAGUCACCUGAUGACCCACGGCCACAUGGUGCCGAGAGGGACAGACUCCUCCGCAAGGAGCAGAUUUUGGCUGUGGCCAGGCAGGUGGAGUCAAUGUGCCGGUUGCAGCUGCAGGCAUCCGGCAGGCCCCCCAUGGACCUGCAGCCCCAGUCCUCAGAUGAGCCAGUGCCCUUGCACGAGGCCCCACGCGGAGCCUUCCGCCUGGCUGCAGGCGACCCUUUCCAGGAGCCACGGACAGUGGUGUGGCUGGGUGUGCUCUCAUUAGGCUUCGCCCUGGUGCUGGACACCCACGACAACCUGCUGCUGGCAGAGGGCACGCUCCGGCUGCUGGCCCGUCUCCUCGUGGACCACCUCCGGUUGCUGGCCCCUGGCGCCAACCUCUUGCUGCGGGCUGACCGCAUCGAGGGCAUCCUCACCCGCUUCCUGCCUCAUGGUCAGCUGCUCUUCCUCAACGACCAGUUCAUCCAGGGCCUGGAAAAGGAAUUCAGUGCUGCCUGGCCCCGCUGAUUCCUUGCUGGGAUGGGGCUUCCCAGGAGGGCAAAGAAGGAGGGCAGAGGCUGGACACACAGCCAGGUGAAGGGUGGCAUCUGCCUCCUGCCCAGCCUGCUCCCAGCUCUGAUGUGCUGUCACACUCAGGACAAGUGGGCUGGACAGAGGGUGGGGUGGGUUGCUGGGUCUGUCCUCACGUUGGUGAAAUCACAAAACAUCCUGAGCCUAGAGCUGCCAUGUGACUUUUUCAGACUGCUGCUUUGUCCUUAACCCACCUUUCUCCAGCCUCAGCAGCCACUGGUGCAGGAGGGGGCUGCCAAGAACUUAGCCCGCCUUGUCCUUCCAAACUCACAGUCAUUGCAAUGCAAAAGGGGUUCCAGGGAGCUGCGUCCACACUUUGGCAGGCCCUGGCCCCGACUUUGUAUCCACUUAGGUGAUGUCAUCAAGGAUUUUGUUGGUGAGGGGCUGCCCAGUGUCCAGCUCUGCCACGGUUCAGGAAUGUGUGAGCCAUUCGGCAGGAGGAUUCUGAAGCUCCUUUUGCACUAAGCCCAGGCACCAGAUCAGAUCAUCACCGGCUUUCCUCAUCUUCAGAGAGAAGGUGCCGUCAGGUGAAUGCGAGAGGUCUGGUUUGAUGACAUCGUCUUUCUUAUUUUGAAUUAAAAGCACUGUGUGAUCUCA